AUGGGGUACACCAACGGAAAUGAUGGCGCAAGUGAGAUCGAGCGCAUCGCGCAAAGAGCGCGUCAGGGCAGCAGGAGUCUUCCGUUCAUGACUGACCUUUUGGGAAACAGCUUGAACGACCGUCUCCUCUUUGCGGUGCCUAAGAAGGGCCGCCUCCACCAAGCAUGUCUUGACCUUCUCCACGGUUCGGACAUCCAGUUCCACCGACACUCCCGUCUCGAUAUCGCACUCGUCAAGAACCACCCUCUCGCUCUCGUCUUCCUACCCGCCGCCGAUAUCCCGACUUUCGUAGGAGAAGGUCGCGUAGACUUGGGCAUAACCGGGCGCGAUCAAGUCGCAGAACAUGAGUGCGUUGCACCACCGACUGCCACCAGCGGCGUAGAGGAGGUCCUCGAUCUAGGUUUUGGAAAAUGCAGUCUGCAGGUACAAGUCCCCGCGAAGGGCGACCUAGCCAAGCCAGAGGACUUGAUCGGCAAGAACGUUGUCACCAGCUUCACCAACCUGGCUGAGCAGUACUUCCGGAAACUCGAGGCCGAGCAAGCUGGAAACACAAACGGCGAAGCCAAUGGCGAUGCGAAACUCAAGACAGUCAUCAAGUACGUUGGCGGCAGUGUUGAAGCGGCAUGCGCAUUGGGUGUCGCGGACGGUAUUGUCGAUUUGGUGGAGUCAGGAGAGACAAUGCGCGCUGCAGGCCUCAAGGCCAUCUCCACAGUCGUCGACUCCAGCGCCAUCCUCAUCAAGUCAAAGCACCCAUCAGAUCCCAAAUUGGUUGAGCUGAUCACCGCUCGGAUAAAGGGUGUCAUCACUGCACAAAAGUACGUUCUGUGCACAUACAACAUCGACCGAUCGAAACUCGAUAUCGCGCGCAAGAUCACCCCCGGACGUCGCGCCCCCACCGUCAACGCGUUGGAAGAGGAUGGCUGGGUGGCUGUACAGGCUAUGGUGCUAAGGAAAGACAUCGCUAUUGCCAUGGACAAAUUGACGGAGGUCGGGGCUACCGAUCUCAUCGUAACAAAGAUCGAGAACUCGAGAACGGGUGAUUGA